UAUCCCUCAAACAGUGUACAAUUUGUUGUGGUGGCGUAGUUUGUGUAUGUGUUGGGCAAUGUUUGUGGCGUGUGUUUGUAAAACUGUGGUAUAGAUUGUACGGCCGGAUGUGAAGUUCAUAUUAGUGAUAUUUUAGUUUAAUUAUUACAUUUCAUAUACAGACAAUUGUCGUCACAUGAAAUUUAUUUCUGUUUCUGUCGCAACGCGUGGAAUGCCAAUAUGCCCAUGAUUAAGUUUGAUCGUGUUGUAAGCUGUAGCAGCGAAGAUCCCAAUCACCCUGCCAAAAAUCUGUUAAGGACUGAAACCUACAAGAAAUGGAAAUGUAAGAACCCAGGAGAAGACCAGAUUUCAGUCGUGUUGCAGCUAGAGAAAUCAUCAUUGAUCAGUUCUGUAGAUAUUGGAAAUGAACACUCUGCAUUCGUAGAAGUCCUUGUUGCUCGCUCUUCGGGAGACGCGGAAGAUUUCAAAGUUCUCCUAGUAGCGUCUUCGUUUAUGACACCAAUGGAAGCACGAAAUGGGGAGCAUCCCAACAGGGUCCGAAUGUUCAGCCGCGACCAACUUAGCAAACCAGCAGUAGAUGAAAGAUGGGAUCGUGUAAAGGUCGUAUGCCGCCAGCCGUUCAAUCGACACGUGCAGUACGGUUUGACCUUCUUGAAGCUCCACACCUCACAAGAAGAAAAGAGCUCAGACGCAGUGGUCGAACAGCAUCAGACAAAACUAGGCAGGUUCGUCAUUCGUGAGGAAGACCCUACUGAUGAUGACAUAAGGGUGGGAAGCCUGUUUGCUGUGAAGCACGGGGCGACUGUCGGUGGAGGCCUACUGGGUGGGCCCCACAAGCCGCCCCCGACAGGAGCUGCAGCAAUUAUGGAUGCUUCAAAACCCUCUGCUUUAGCUUCAAUGGACCGGCCUGGAAGGAAGCACAGUCCCGUUGUCAAAACUGAUGGAGAAAGUUCUGCAAAGAAGAAGGAAAAUAAGCCAGCUGAGGUUUCGCCCAGGGUACAGAAGGCUUCUAAGGAGGCCCACAGAAACGGCGCAGUGGGCGGUGGCACUUCUGACGAGGCCGGGGAGGUGAAGCAGGUUGGCGCCCGCCAUGGUCCCACACCGAAGAGAGUGAAAAUGAGCGACGGAGCAGAAAUUGCUGCAGGCGUCAGUAAAGCGAAGGACCGUGAAGAGGCACCAACUGCAGCCGGCAGCAGGCGACCUGUGGCAGCAGAGCAGGCAGGCCCCAGUGACAUCAGGAGGAAGGCGCGCGCCUCGGUCCCCUUCCACCGGCUGCUGAGCGGGGUCACGCUGGUCAUCAGUGGCUACCAGAACCCACUGAGGGCGAACUUGCGGGAGGCCGCGCUGCAGAUGGGAGCCAAGUACCGCCCCGACUGGGGCCCCGGCUGCACACAUCUCGUGUGUGCAUUCCCAAACACUCCAAAAUUCAACCAGGUUAAAGGACACGGAAAAAUUAUUCGUAAGGAGUGGGUAGAGGACUGUCACAGUCAGCGGAAAAGGCUGCCAUGGAGAAGAUAUGCCAUGGAUAAGAAGGACCAGAUGGGACCAGAAAGUGAUACUGAAGAGGAAAAUGAUGGUGUGGAGCUCAGCAAGGACCAACGCACGGCACGUGUGACGUCCCCUUCGCAAUCUGAGGAGUCUACUGACGAAGGUGAUAAUGCAGAGAGAACAGACAAAGUGAGCACACCGCAGCCAAACAACAAGAGGCCAAGCCUUUUCGCACCCCUGGGUGGUGACGGAACCAAACGAGCUAGAUCACCAGUGGCAGCAAAGCAAGGUGGGGGUGAGCAGCAAAAGAGGAUGCGGCCUCCCCCUUCCUCCUCCACAGCAGAGGACGACGUUUACAACGCAGACACAGAUGUCGACGACGAUGGUUCGGGCACGCCAUCGGACACUGACCUCCCUCCACUUCCGCAGCUUCCGGACCUCUUCCGGGGAGCGACAUUCCGCUUGGGGCCGUCUCUGUUGGAAGACACCGCAGAGAAGCUGAAGAGGUACAUCACAGCCUACGGCGGAGAUGUCACCUCGAGUAUUGAAAGUGCCAACUAUCUUGUAACUGACAGAAUAAAAGACUGUGAAAAAUUGAAAUUCGACCACAGCAGAUGUACAGCAGUGAGGCCAGCGUGGGUGUGGGAGUGCAAUGACACUCGCAAGCUCGUGCCCACGGCUCCGUACGAGCUUGAGUAGCCGAAGUAAAGCGAAGCUUGUCAUCAGGCUGCAGGCAGUCACUACCUCGUCCAAAAGAUCUUACCUGUCAUUUUUAUUGACAAUUGUCUCAUUAAUUUAAAUGGAUGAAUGUUUUUAUUCAUGUGUGAUACUUUAAUAUUGCAGUGUACUUGAUUCCGGUGUUACUAAAAGACUCUUAGAUUUGGUCUACUUUUUUAAUUUCCGUAGUCCCAUUGGGAUGAGAACCUACCAUUUCAUGGAUAAGUUUAUACAACAUCAAAUUUACUUAUAUGUUUAUUUAUUUAUUUACAUUCAGGAGGCAGAAUCUCUAAAUACUGCCAAGAGACAUCCACAAAAGUAGAUAUAACUGUCCAAGUUUUUGAAAUUGUUUGUUCCUUCCCAAGGGCAGAAAAAGGAAUAAGUUAGUGAAAGGGGAGGGGGAAGAGGUCACUUGGAGCUGAUGUUGAGAGGGCGGCAGCUGGCAAAGGUUAGGGGAGACGAAGCUGAAAAUGGGGAGUGUGUUGCACUUUUAUGAGUGUCUACCAGAAGUACAUACAAGGAGAGGUCACCAGUGGUGGGCCUGACUUGAAAUAGUCUGUAGAAUGAGGUUGGUUAAGGUUCAAGGAAUCACAUCCUGCCAGCCAUUCACCCUGGUGGGCCCUCGUUUGCAAGUAAUCAACGUAAAAGAUUUUGGAAUUUCGUACAAUACUCGACACCCUUAAAAAUAGAGUAGUUUCAUAGUGUAAGGUUAAGCUGCUAUCUUUACAUGCAAAAGGUUGUGGCUUCAAAUCUGGUCAGAUGCUUUGAAAUUUUUUAUUUUUAAAUCCUUAUCAAAAUCACUUAGUCAUUAUUUUUUAAAUUAAUUGGUUUAAAUGCAGUUUUUUUUCUAAUUUCUAUUCCUUUGUCAUGUCAUAUUUGUCAUCCUAUGAACUACAUCAUUUGCUCUGAUUUUUCUUCCUAUCAGUCUUUUGCCACCUGGCAUUGGUGUUCUUGUGAUUUUGAGGUUAUGUAUUUCUCAAUUUGCUUGAAUUUCAUUUUACUUACAAUCUCUGCUUUAGUUUAAAUCAUCAUCUGCAUUAUUUUGUCCAUAGUGCAAUAAGAAUUUAUGUUUUAAAUGUUUGUUUGAUGAUUACCAUUCAAAAAUGUGCAUGUUAUAAUGAAAUAUACAUUCAUGACGCCAUUGCCCAGUCAAUAUAAGUAGAUUUUUUUCAUCUUUCUCGUUUUUGAUCAGUAGGUCGGCAUUUUAAAAUGUUCAAACUUUAUGAUGAAUAAAUAAAACUAAUUAAGUUAUGUAUAUAUGUUAUGUAUAUGUGUGGAUGGAUGUGUGUGUGUGUGUGCGAGUGUAUACCCGUCCCUUUUUCCCCCUAAGGUAAGUCUUUCCACUCCCGGGACUGGAAUGACUCCUUACCCUCUCCCUUAAAACCCACAUCCUUUCGUCUUUCCCUCUCCUUCCCUCUUUCCUGAUGAGGCAACAGUUUGUUGCGAAAGCUUGAAUUUUGUGUGUAUGUUUGUGUUCGUUUGUGUGUCUGUCGACCUGCCAGCACUUUCAUUUGGUAAGUCACAUCAUCUUUGUUUUUAGGUAUAUAAUUAAGUUAAUACAUUGAUUAAAAUGAAUCGGUAAAAAUUUGAUCUGUAGGUCGGGAUUUUAAAAUGUUCAAACUUUAUGAUGAAUAAAUAAAACUAAUUAAGUUAAUACAUUGAUUAAAAUGAUGUGACAAAGGAAUACAAAUGAAAAAAAUGCAUGUAAAUCAAUUAGCUGAAUAAAAAAAUAGUGAUCGUCAAUUCGAUAAAAUAAAAAAAUAAAAAUUUGUGUACUGAAUGAGUUUUGAACAGCCAGCCUUCUGCAUAUGCCUAACACACAACCAAUCUGUAGAUUGCUACUAUUUUUAAAGCUGUAGAGCAUCACGCAAAAUUCCAAAACUUUUUUCAUCCGUUACUCGCAAAUGAGGGCCCACCAGUUUGGAUAGCUGCAUAGUGUCACCCCUUGGACCUUAAGCUACGUCACCAUAUAGAUCAUUUCAAGAAGCCAGUCCCACUGCUGCGGACCUCUCCUUGUUAAAAUUUUGCCUUUUGGGAGUAAGCACUGGGCAAACAUGUUAUCUCUUUGGAAUUUUAGGUUUCUUAAAUUAUUAUUCCUUUUGUUUGAAAUAACCCUCAAGAGACUCUUCCAUCUCUGUAACCUGUGUACUAUUUGUGAAGUGAACUUCCCUGACUGACAUAAUUAUUCAAUAAAAGUAUCCCUCAAUAAAUU